CCUCAACCGUUCAUUUCACUCCCACUUAACAAAAACGACAAGUCGUUUUGUCUUAGACAGUUCCAUCACUUACUGUCGUUUCGUACCGUUUGUAGUUUUCAAAUUCUUCCCCCAAUCUUCUCCGAUUAGCUAUGGCCGCCAUUAUCUACAAGCUCGCUCUGAUCAUCAACAACCCUCUCAACCAAUCCGAAUUCCUCCUCGUGAAGCAGACCCGUCCCUCCAAGUUCGGCGACGAAGAGUACGACUCCUACGUCGAUUCUGAUCUCUGGGACUUCCCAUCGACGCCAUUGAACCUUGUAAAUGGAGGAAAUGAGUCUUCUUCCGUAGAGGUCAAGGGUGCAGAAUCGUACUCUGAGAAGAUCGAAUUGAGGAAUUUCGAUGUUGAUUUGGCGAUCAAUAGGAUUAAGGAUCAAUUGGUGAUUGGCGUAGCUGAAUUGGGAGAUUUGAGGGUUCGGAAGUAUGUGGAGGAAGCUGAGUUUGGACCGCCGCCGAUUGUUCAGACUCUGUUCGUCGAUGGAAAUUUCGUAGCUGGCGGUGAACAUUUGAAAGAAUCAUGCAAGUGGAUGUCUGUCCAAAGUUGUUUGAACUGGCUUGUGGAAGUGACUCCAAGUACCGACCGCGUUGGGCCAUUGGCAGUUACCGGUCUUCUAAAUGAUUCCUUGCCAUCUAGAGCAUGGAAAGUCCCGCAUCACUUAAAUUAUCAGGAAUAUCCUCCCGGUGUUACUCUAGUACCUAUGCAAAGUAGGACAGGAAAGCCUUUUUUGACAACGAACUUGAUUGUAUUUGCACCUGAUUGUUCUUCAGACUACAGUGGAGAUAUUAGUUCUGUUGCUAGUGGAGAUGCAUUAAUAGUUGAUCCAGGUUGUCACUCUUACCUCCAUGAAGAGCUCAAGAAUAUUGUUGCUUCUCUGCCAAAGAAGUUGGUUGUCUUUCUUACUCAUCAUCACCGCGACCAUGUAGAUGGUUUAUCGGCUGUCCAAAAGUGCAACCCUGAUGCUGUCUUAUUAGCACAUGAAAAUACAUUUCGUCGCCUCAGAAAAGAUGACUGGUCACUUGGAUAUACUUCAAUUUCUGGAGGUGAAGACAUUUGCAUUGGGGGUCAUCAAUUGAAUGUCGUUUUUUCUCCGGGACACACAGAUGGCCAUUUGGCAUUGCUUCAUGCCAGUACUCAUUCCUUGAUUGUCGGUGAUCAUUGUGUGGGUCAAGGAAGUGCUGUCUUGGACGUUACCUCUGGCGGAAAUAUGACAGAGUAUUUCAAAUCAACUUACAAAUUUAUGGACCUUUCUCCACAUGUUUUGAUCCCAAUGCAUGGGAGGGUUAACCUAUGGCCAAAGCACAUGCUUUGUGGAUAUCUACAGAACCGUAGAAGUAGAGAAGCUUCUAUUCUAAAAGCCAUAGAAAAUGGAGCAGUUACACUGUUUGACAUAGUAGCAAAUGUAUAUUCCGAGGUUGAUAAACGAGCAUGGCCUUUUGCUGGAUCAAAUGUCAGACUUCAUGUGGAUCAUCUGGCCCAGCAAGAUAAAUUGCCAAAGGGAUUUUCCAUCCAGAAGUUCCGAAAAACAUGUGGGCUGCGGUUCUUAUCUCGUUGGAUUUGCACAAUGCUUACCAAUAGCUUUACGUCGAAAAAUCACAAGUUAAGGUCUUCAAAGUUACUUGUUGUUAGCGCUGUGGCGGUCUUUGCUGUGUUUUAUUCUGUUAAAAAGGGUUAGCAAUAAAUUCCAAUUUGAUUUACAGCAUAAUUUAAGACAUUAAAGUUGAUAAAGCCAUACAUUACUAUCCUAAUGAUAAAAGGCAAGAGAGCUUGCUUGGUGUAGUGAAUAUGGUUCUUAUGAAAAAUAUGAACGUGUUGUAAUAAAGUUACCUUUUCUUUUCUUUUA